GCGUCCAGUGUCCCUCCAUGCCUCGCAGGAGCCGGCGGGGGCAAUCGAGGCCAAGGGACGUGUGGAAUGUGAAAAGGCGGGAAAACCCAGAGGUUUGGAAGGCAAGGCAGGCUGGGGAAGGGGGCGUGGCCGGCCACGUCAAAGGGACCCAGGGGAAUUCCCGGGCAGUUCGCUCUGUGGGCACUGCUGACGGCCCCUGGGCCCGGGGUUGAUCCCACCCGCUGCGUGGGAGGGCCACAAACCAAAGCCCCCGAACUGCCCGCCCAGCCCAGCGGCGGACCUUGGGGGUCUGGGGCACGGGCCCGGCCCGUGAAAGCCCACUGGCUCCCCGGGAUUCUUGUCCAGGGUCUCUCCUGGGAAAGAGGCCAGGGGCGCCCCCUCCAUCGGACGCACCCGCCCCUAUUUACAUAAAUAGGGGCGGAGCCGCCUCCCGCUCUCCAAAGUCCUGAGCCGCUGGGUCCCGGCCCACUAGGUCAGCAGUCUGCAGCGUCCGUGCGGCUCUCCCACCAUGGCUUCGUCCAGCUCCUCCAGCACCUCACGCGGCCCCAUCGCCACAGGAUCUCGAAGGAGGAGGCUCGCUCUGAAGCCGAGCCAGAAGGACGCCCUGCAAGCGCUCUUUCAACAGAACCCCUACCCUGGGAUAGCGACCAGAGAGCGACUGGCCCGAGAGCUCGGCAUUGACGAAAGCAGAGUUCAGGUAGGCCCCCGCCUCUCCACCCGUUCUCCCUUUCAGGCUCUCCAUGCCGAUCCAAGGCAGCUGAAAGCAUCUGGCGGCCUUUCUCCUGAGAAGGAAUUCUCUCUGUUUGCCCCUAGGUCUGGUUUCAAAACCAACGAAGAAGAUGGUCAAAGCAGAGCCGAUCGCCGUCUGAACACGUGCACCAAGAAGGGGAAGGGGGGCCAACGUCGCCUCCUCGACCUCAGUCUUCCUCUCAAGGUAACUUAGCCAGCGUUCUCUCCAAAGGCAAGUCCCCCAGAGGGGGUCCCGAACCCUCCCCCUCUUGCCAGAGAAUUCUCUCUGCUGGUGGAUGAGCACGGGAGGCCCAGAAACACCAAGGGGGCGGGGGAG